AUGGUCGCCCUCUCCCAUGUUGCGGCCCUGCUCAUGGCGGCCCUGCCCUUGUUGGCAGCGCCCAAUAGGAGCGUUGAGGUACCGGUAUCGAACAUGGGCUAUAUCAUUACCCUCAAAGACGAUAUAACCUCGGCCGGCAUCGACAAUCACCACGCCUGGGUGGACCGGCUGCAUCGACAAAGUAUCGGAAAACGGAACCUCGACCUCCCCGGCGUCGAACGCAAGUUUAACAUUGGCAACUUCAAGGCCUACGCCGGAAAGUUUGAUGAGGCAACAGUCAAGGAGAUUUUGCAGCAAAAUGAUGUCGAAUCUAUCGAGGUCAAUAAAGAAUGGGAGCUCUAUAGCAGCGUUACGCAGUACGGCCCGCCCUGGGGCCUAGGUGCCCUCUCGAGCCGGCUCCCGGGCAAUAAUAGCUACGUCUACGACGAUAGCGCCGGCCAGGGUGCCACCGUUUACGUACUGGACACGGGCAUCAACGCCGGCCACGUCGAGUUUGAGGGUCGCGUCGUCAAGGGCCACAACGUUGUCGGCGGCGCCUUUGUCGACACCUACGGCCACGGAACGCAUGUGGCGGGCAUUGUCGGCAGCAGGACGUACGGCGUUGCCAAGAAAUGCACCUUGGUCGAUGUUAAGGUCUUUGUCUAUAACGUUAGCAACUCCAUCAAGGUACUCAAAGGCUAUCAAUGGGCCAUCGACGACAUCAAGGCCAAGGGCAACGCAGCGCGGAGCGUUAUUAACAUAUCCAUCGGUGGCAAAGGCUCCAACGCUUUCGACAAGGCCAUCAAGAACGCGUACGAGCAAAACAUCCUUACUGUCGUUGCCGCGGGGAAUAAGCGCCAAAACGCCGGCCUCUACUCUCCCUCCCGGGCACCCUACGCCUUGACGGUUGGUGCCAUCAACUCGGAGUGGAAACCGUGGGUGAGGAAGAACGGCACAGGCUCCAACUAUGGGCCGAGCAUCGACAUUUACGCUCCCGGCGAUAACAUUCUAUCUCUCGGCAUUAAGUCGAAGACGUCCCUCGUCUACAAAUCCGGCACCUCCAUGGCCUCGCCUCACGUCGCCGGCCUUGCUGCCUUUCUCCAAGUUUUUGAGAAUACCAGAACGCCAGGCGAGACGAUGGCUCGGAUCAAGGCGCUUGCUACAAGAGGCCGCCUCAGCGGCAUCCGGAGGGAUACCGUUAACAUGCUGGCCAACAAUGGCCUUGGCAACCAACAGAAUCGGUUGAGCCAUCAGGGUUCGAACGCCACGGCGCGUGCAAGGCCGGACUUGAGGCCGGGAUCGAAGCUGGGAUCGAAGCUGGGAUCGAAGCUGGGAUCGAAGCAGAAACCGAACCCGUACUUGAGCCCGUACCCGAAGGAGGAACCGAGCCCGGAACUGAACCCGUACCCGGAAUUGAACCCGUACCUGUACCCGGACCCGAAGCUGGGACCGAAGCCGGAACUGAACCCGUACCCGGAAUUGAACCCGAAUCCAAAGCAAGAACUGAACCCGUACCUGUACCCGGACCCGAAGCUGGGACCGAAGCCGGAACUGAGCCCGUACCCGGAACCAAACCCGUACCCGGAACCAAACCCGUACCCGUACCCGGAACUGAAGCAGGAACCGAACCCGUACUCAAACGAGGACCCGAAACAGGAACCGAACCCGUACCUGAACCAGUACCCAAAGCAGGAGCCGAAUCCGUACCCGGACCCGAAGCAGGAACCAAACCCGGAACUGAACCCGUACUCAACCCCGGAACCGAACCCGGAACUGAACCCGGAACUGAACCCGUACCCGAACCCGUACUCAACCCCGGAACCGAAGCAGGAACCGAACCCGUACCCGGACCCGGAACUGAACCCGGACCCGAAGCAGGAACCGAACCCGUACAAAAACCCGCACACAAACCCGCACCCAAACUCGCACACAAACCCGCACCCAAACCCGCACACAAACCCGCACCCAAACCCGCACCCAAAGCAGAACGGCCAGACGACACAGCGCCAAGACCUGACCAUGACCAGUCCUUAUUGGCCGGGUGCUCACCCGAAGCAAGGCACCGCCGACAAUCAGGACGCAAGCCAAGGACAAGACGCGGCUCCUCCCGGGCAAGGUACCACUGGGUAUGGCAUCGGGCGCAUCGAGCAAAGUCCCGACCAAGACGCGAGCGACGACGAUGCAUGCAGCAGCCAGAGGUAA